ACCACCUUCUCACUGCCCAGGAUGGCACAGACACUUAAGCUGGUCAAUAGGACUUCAGUAUUCAGGAACCUGACUGAGCAAUGGGCUGAAUCCAUGUUCAAAAAUCCAGAGAAAAUCAUCAAAAGACACAAGUGCCUGGCAGAUGUGCCCGGACCCUCUGCUGCCAGCUUCUUGACUGAUAUAUUCUUUAAGAAAGGGUUAUCCCGGCUGCAUGAGCUACAGUUGCAAGGAAAAGCCAAGUAUGGGCCUGUAUGGAAGGCCAGCUUCGGUCCCAUCCUGACUGUGCAUGUAGCUGAACCAACCCUGAUUGAACAAGUCUUACGACAAGAAGGAAAACAUCCGAUCCGCUCAGAUCUGUCGUCGUGGAAGGACUACAGACAGUGCAGGGGGCAUUCAUAUGGACUACUUACAGCUGAGGGGGAGGAAUGGCAGCAGUUCCGCAGCACUUUGGGGAAGCACAUGUUGAAGCCUAAGGAGGUGGAAGCUUACAGCGAUGUCCUGAAUGAUGUGGUUGGAGACUUAAUUAAAAAAUUUAAGUACCAGAGGAGUCAAAAUCCAGAACAUGUUGUCAAAGACAUCUCUAGUGAAUUCUACAGGUUUGGAUUAGAAGGUAUUUCUUCUGUCCUUUUUGAAUCUCGAAUUGGUUGUUUGGAGACCACGGUUCCUAAAGAAACAGAGAAAUUCAUACAAUCCAUCAACACUAUGUUUGUGAUGACCCUUCUAACUAUGGCCAUGCCCAAAUUUUUGCACAAAAUUUUCCGAAAGCCCUGGCGAAAAUUCUGUGAGUCCUGGGAUUACAUGUUUGCUUUUGCUAAAGGUCAUAUUGACCAAAGAAUGGCGGAUGUCGCUGAGAAACUGUCCCGAGGGGAGAAAGUAGAAGGAAAGUACUUGACCUAUUAUCUGGCUCAGGAGAAAAUCCCAAUGAAGUCUGUGUAUGGAAAUGUGACUGAGCUGCUUCUAGCUGGAGUAGAUACGAUUUCGAGCACUCUUUCUUGGAGCCUAUAUGAAUUAGCACGGCAUCCAAAAAUACAAGCCUCUCUGCACCAAGAGAUCCAAGAUGUUCUUCAAGGCAGAGAUAUUGCAACAGCAGCUGAUGUCGCCAAGAUGCCCCUAAUGAAAGCUGUGGUGAAAGAGGUGCUAAGGCUGUAUCCUGUUAUCCCUGGCAAUGCCCGUGUUAUAUCAGACAGAGACAUCCAAGUAGGAGAGUACAUCAUACCAAAGAAGACACUCAUUACGCUCUGCCACUAUGCCACAUCAAGAGAUGAGAAGUACUUCUCAAACCCUAAUGAAUUCCACCCAGAGCGCUGGCUGAAGAAAGAUGAAUCUCAUCAUCCAUACGCCUCUAUUCCAUUUGGUUUUGGCAAAAGAAGCUGCAUUGGGAGGCGUAUUGCUGAGCUGGAGGUGUACCUUGCACUUUCAAGGAUUCUUACCCACUUUGAACUAAGACCUGAGCAUCCAGGAUCACUGGUGAAACCCAUGACCAGAACGCUUCUAGUUCCAGACAGAGAAAUCAAUUUACAAUUUCUAGAGAGAUAAUUUCCCACUUCCUCUUUCCAUUCCUGUGUCGCCAUUCUAUGUGGUCUCAUAGAUUGUAUCGUUAGUCAGUGGUUUUCUGAGAACUUUCCAAACAUUCUCUUAUGCGUUUCUGAAGGUUAACCGAACCGAAAUCCACAAGACUCCUCGCUGAAGUUCCUUAGCUGUUGAACAUUAUGUGUCCAGCAUAAAUAAUAUAGGAGAAAAGAUAGUGAAUAAUAUUUAUUAAUAUAAGGUCAUAACUGCCAGUUAUAUGGAGAAAUGCAGAUGGAAUUUGUGUUACUAGUUACGAUGGAGCAAUGACCUUAGUGAUGUGUUGGACUACCUUGGCUCAAUUGUCACUAGAUCAAGCCUUACUUUACCGUCUUAAUUCAACUAUUGUAGUAAAUUAUAUUUCAUAGGAAAUGGUUUGUACAUACAGUAUUUUACAUCUAUUUAUUAUCUGUGUAUAGACGUUUAUGUAAAUAGCUGUAAUAUGGUAAUAUCAGUGUGAGGCGCUCAGUUCUCCAUUUUUUGUAUACUUUUUUGACAUAUCUUUUUAUCCAUGUCCAGUUUAUUUAAAAAAUUUAUU